AUGACAGACGCCUGGUCGGCCAACAGUACAGCGGCGCUGGCAAUUCGCCUCGUGGGCUCGCCAAACGGCGAUGCAGCAUUUCAUCCAUCCUUCACAUACCCAAUCUACGGCGAAGCGGAAACGAUCUACGGCUACAAGGGUCUUGCCAUCAACCUCAACGUAGCAUCAGGCAGCCUUGUUUCUCUUCUCGACAUCAAGCAUCAAGCCAAGAACGAGGCCACCACCGCGAAAUUGGACGACGUCGAGGGCCAAAUCAAAGAGUUCCUGCCCGCUGACCACAUCUCGGCCUCCUCAUCUUCGACCGGGCAGCAAGACUUUGACGCAGCGCUGAAGAGGGACGAGAGCUUCCGACCGCUGGGCGAGAAGGUGCACAGCUACACUCGACGCAAGGUGAACAAAGGCAAGGGCAAAAGCAGUGCCUCGUCGCUCGCUGCGUCAGCUUUGUCAGAAGACGAUCCAGACGCGAGGGUGUUCGAGGUAUACCGAUCGACAUGGGAGACACCUGGCUUCCGCGAGUACCACCGGCGCAUGCAGCUGUUUGCCCUGCUCUUCAUCGAAGGUGCGAGCUACAUCCAAGAAGACGAGAUCAACUGGGAGUUCUUUACUCUAUAUGAAAGAGUUGGGUCGCGAUAUCAUUUUAUGGGCUAUACGAGUCUGUACAAGUUCUGGUGCUGGCCGGACUCCUCGCGGAUCCGUCUAUCGCAGUUUGUCAUCCUGCCGCCGUACCAGAAGCAGGGGCAUGGAGGGGCGCUGUACACGACGGUAUACGACCAGAUCCGCAACCGCGCUUCGGUCACCGAGCUGACGGUGGAAGACCCGAGCGAAGACUUUGACCGCCUUCGCGACGGGAACGAUCUGCGUCGUCUCCUGGCCCCCGGUGGCUUUGUCGAGACUGCCAAAGCACAGGGCAAGCUCCACGCCCCCUUGGACAAGGAAUGGAUCGAGGGGCAACGGCUCGCGCACAAGCUCGCACCCAGACAGUGGAGCAGAGUGCUCGAGAUGGUUCAACUCAUGCACAUCGACACGUCGAACGCGGAACAGGUCAAGGCAUACAGGCUUCAGGUCAAGGCCCGCAUCUACCGGCAGAACAAGGAUAUUCUGAUCCAACUGGAGAAGGGACAGCAGCGGCAGAAGCUGCAGGAGACGUUUGAGGGCGUCGUGGAGGAGUACGGGGAUAUGGUCGGGGUGGAUGUGGAGGAUCUACUGGAGACAGGGCCGGGGCUGGGUGGGGUGUAUGAGGAGGACGAAGAGGAGGAUGAGGAGGCGCAUUGGGGCAACGGGAACGGUCCGCCGAGGAAGAUGGCUCGUUUCGCAUGA